UCAUUUUUGCUUUCAUUUUUGCACAUAAAUGGAACAAUCUAUAAUUUCGAUUUUUGAAGCCAGUGGUCGUAUUUAGUACUAUUUACAGCUUUGUGAAUCUUUCAAUCACUGAGAUAUACAAUAUUUGUUCUUUUAAUAUUCACGAUUUUUUAGACGCCGUUGCAAAAUGUCCAAUCUUCAGAAAAUUCAAGAGGAAGCAGUCGCCUUGUAUCGAAAAUGUGCCUCAAUUCCUAACAUUAGCAGUGGCACAAUGUCUAUAAAUAAUGAUAUCUUGAGCAUUUACAGCAUUUGGUCACAGAGAAACUUAGUGGGUAACAACAAAAGGACAUUCAGUCGAAAGUUUCACUAUCCAUACAACAGCAACAGCAGUAACAUUGAUUAUCAAAAAUGUUUUAAGGAUAAUUUUCCGACACAAACAGACAAUGAACAAAUGUGUUGUGAGUCAAAAUCUGGUCAAUUGAGAGCCAUUCUAAGAAAGAUUCCUGCCGACAAGAAAAAAAAGGAAGACACUCAAAAUAUUGAGAUCUGGUCCAAUGGGAGUUGUAUAAAGUGCUAUACAUUUGACAGAGUCCUUGACAAGCAUGGAAAAAUAAAUCAUGAUGAUCUGUUUGGCUGUUUUACAUGGUCACCAUGUGAAAGAUAUUUGUUAUAUAUUGCUGAAAAGAAAGUCCCUGAAGCCUGCUCAUUUUUUGACACAAAAAAAGAUGAAAAAACUGAAGAUAAAGUUGAAAAGGGUAGGAAAUUUGUGUACCAAGAAGAUUGGGGUGAGCAACUGGUUGGCAUCCACAUGACAGUCUUAGUUGUCUUGGAUACAGAAAAAGAUGAAAUCAGAAUAUUAGAUGGAAUACCAGAAAACAUCUGUGCUGGCCAGGCAAUCUGGGCACCUGAUGGAAAUGGUGUUAUAUUUUGCGGUCAACAUCAUAAACCUUACAGAUUGGGGUUAAAAUAUUGUCAUAAUAGAAAGAGUGGUAUUUACUAUUUAUCUCUGGAUGGAAAAUCUUGUGAAAUUUUGAGUGAUGGAACAGAAUCAGUUUGUUUUCCCAGAUUAUCCCCGGAUGAAAGUAAACUUAUAUACGUAUCUAGAAUGCUGUAUGGUCCUCAUUUAUGUUGUAAGAAAAUUUUAAUGUAUGACUGGCAGUCGAAGACGACUCGAACACUUGUUGAUCAAGUUGAUGAACCAGAGAAUGAAUCCGCUUUUCCAGGACUUUUCACCGGAGGGAUGGUGAAGCGAGUCUGGUCUGAUGAUGGAUCUAUGAUUGUCUUAGACACAGCACGGCGUUCUACGAAAGACAUUGUUGUCAUAGAUGCCAUUACGGGAAGUGUACAAAGAGUGACACCUGGAAAUGGAUGUUGGACACUGCUUGAUGUUCACAAAGAUUUUAUUCUUGCCUCCUAUUCAUCUCCAGCAACUCCUGCAA